GAGGAGCGCCGGCGAGCGCAGCCCGGGACCGAGCGGGGCGGCGCGGCUGGCUGGCGGGGCCGGCGGCGGCUGGAGCCGGAGCGCGACACCACGCGACCGCGGCUUCCAGAGCUCCGCCUGGCUGCCCCACCGCCGCGAGCCCUCCGGAAGCCUGGAGGAGUGCGGGCCGCCGGCGCCGGUCGUCGAGUCCUGAGACGGGGAACGCGCGCGGCGUUCCGAGCCUUCGCCGCUUCCUGCUGCGGGCGGGCGAGCGGCCUCCUCCGGCGCCUCCCUAUCUUCGCUGCGGCUUCUCAGGCUCCCGAGCCCGGGGGCGGCCUGUGGCGCGAGGCGCCCGCUCUGGACCGCGCGUCUUCGGACCUUAAGAAGAACAUGCAUUCGGCUUGGACAGUUUGAAAUUCUUAGUUUGGGGUCCCCGCACGCUUGCCUUUUCCACCCCGCGGAUUUUUUUUUGAGGAUUUUCCCUUCUCCUUUUUUCAUUUUCUCCCCUCGGGGCUCUUUUGUGACUCCCCCAACCCCCCGCCUUUAUGUUCGCCCGGCUCUCCACCCGCUUCUGAGUGGUGGGGGAGGGUCUCGGCCUCCACGUUCCCGCCCCACCGGGGCCCCGGCGAACAUGGGGGGCAAGCAGAGCACGGCGGCCCGGUCUCGGGGCCCCUUCCCGGGGGUCUCUACCGAUGACAGCGCCGUGCCGCCGCCGGGAGGGGCGCCCCACUUUGGGCACUACCGGACGGGCGGCGGGGCGAUGGGGCUGCGCAGCCGCUCGGUCAGCUCGGUGGCAGGCAUGGGCAUGGACCCCAGCACGACCGGAGGGGUGCCCUUUAGCCUCUACACCCCCGCCUCCCGCGGGACCGGCGACUCAGAGAGGGCGCCGGGCGGCGGAGGGUCCACGUCGGACUCCACCUAUGCCCACGGCAAUGGUUACCAAGAGACCGGCGGCGGUCACCAUAGAGACGGGAUGCUGUACCUGGGCUCCCGAGCCUCGCUGGCGGAUGCUCUACCUCUGCACAUCGCACCCAGGUGGUUCAGCUCGCACAGUGGGCUGUUGGUGCUGAAUCAAGACUGGACAGAUACAAGAAAAGAUUGGGGCAGUAAAGAGGUAGGACCCAUCUUGCUCACUGGAUGGCCUUUCAGGGAAGAAGGUUUCAAGUGCCCCAUUUGUUCCAAGUCUGUGGCUUCCGAUGAGAUGGAAAUGCACUUUAUAAUGUGUCUGAGCAAACCUCGCCUGUCCUACAAUGAUGAUGUGCUGACUAAAGAUGCGGGUGAGUGUGUGAUCUGCCUGGAGGAGCUGCUUCAGGGGGACACGAUAGCCAGGCUGCCUUGCCUGUGCAUCUAUCACAAAAGCUGCAUAGACUCAUGGUUUGAAGUGAACAGAUCUUGUCCAGAACACCCUGCUGAUUGACCCUUCUGGGCCUGCUUACGGACUCCUCUCAAAGGUUUAUUUUAUUUAUUCCAAGUAAAUGCCCAGAACAGCUGACGGUGUCAGGCAAAUCAGGGACAUUGGCUCUUUUUUCCCUCACCUCAAAAUCUGAUGACAAGCAAGGGAGAGUGAGGCAGAGGGAUUGGACCUCAGCUCCAGAGUGCAGGUCCAAAUUGCCGGCAUGAUGUUUGGCUUCUGAUGGGCCUGCCUGGACUGAACCAGAUGCCCCAGCUGACCAGCCUGCCCUCAGGGGGAUACACGCUGCUGCCACGGUGAGAUGGAGCGGCAGCGCUCAUCGAGAUGGAGCGGGACUGACUUCUUCCGACCCACACAGGGACAGCCAGCCCCUGUUCCUGGGAGGAGGCUCCUCGGACACUGGACAGAGCUGAGCUUGGGACACCAGAGAGAACAGGGCACCCUUCUGCACUGGCUUCCAGAAAACGGUCCUCCCCGAGGACACCCAGUGGAUGAGAGCGAGUCUGAGAGAAGAAUGAAUUGACCUCUAUCCUUCCCCUCACCCUCGACCCAGGAGGGAAAGGGCAUUUUCUUUUUCACCUUUGAAAGGCGUUGUGGGUCUGUCUUUAAAAAGUGUUUACAAACAACAAAAAAUUCUAUAAAAAGUCUCGUGUCGACUGGUGUUUUCCCUAUGAUGUUUACAGACUAUUGUUUGCUGCCCAGCUAAAACCCACUCAGUGACAGGAGCAAGCAUGGCCUUGCCCUCACCCCAGCGCUCUGAUGGUGGGUGGGCAGGCAGGUGGGCAGGUGGGCACACGUCACUUCCUUUGCCCAACACCCCAGUUGGCGCUCUGCAUCACUAACCUUUCUACCUUGGGGGAUUUGUUUUUUGUUUUCUUGUUCUUCUGUCCCAUUUUUCUGGCUUGGUUUUGCACUUUUCUCCCCUUAAAUUUCCAAUAUCUUGAUUUCCUUGCCAAAAAGAGGAAGAUGAAGAGCCCAUCACGGACACUUCCCCUCCGUCCCCACGUCUUCCCUGCCUUUCCUCCUGGAUCUGAUCCCUUCAGAGGAUUUAACAAUUGCAAAUACACUGAAAAAAAAAAAAAAAGCCUGGACGUUUUUCCUAGGCCCUUGUGAUUUUUUUUUCUGAGAAAACUUAAAACUUACUAAAGGACUAUGUACUACAAACCCUGUUUUCAGGCACACGGAAAAGAUUUUAGCCAUUGGUAUUCACACACGACAUUAGCCCGUGCAGGAUAGGUUUCUGUAUUUAUAUAUUAAAAUCAAAAAAAAAAAAAAAAAA